UAUAAUAUAUAUACGUUAAGUGAAAUGAACCAAUCAGAUAGUUAGUAUCAGCUUGUAUGUAUGCACGUAUGCGUACAUAAUAAUAUGUCAGCGCAAAAAUCAAUAACAUAUAAUGCACGCACACACACAGAUUAAGGCGUAUAUUGAAUAAUGCUGCUUACAGCUAUUAUAUACUCCUAUUACUUUAUUAUUUGAAAUAGCAUUAAUUGUAUAAUCCUGUUAUUAUUAUUGUUGUUGGAUUAACAAGUGAUUUUUUCUGAGCAAAUUCAUAUUGGAGAUUUAAAUAUGGAUUCCGUUUCAAAUUCAGUAUGGGAUAUUCUGCCUACCAGUGUCCUACUCUCUGUAUCCGAUAUAAACACCUUGGAUAAGUGUUCAUUUUGUAUUGAAAAGUAUUCAAUCGGUGAUGAAAUUAUUUGGUUACCUUGCUUUCAUGCAUUUCACUAUUAUUGUUUUUUAGAUUGGAUUUUAGAGUGUGACGAAUGUCCUGUAUGUCGAUGGCCAAUGCUCACUUUCGAAUGAUGAUCUAACACAGCGUGAUCGCUGAAAUGGGUUGCGGGGAGGGUGGGGCCAGUGAAAGAACGCAGAAAGGCAUCUAUCUCUUUAAUGACUUUCAAAGAUCAAAUGUAUUUGCAUUAACAUUCUGUUCACUCUCUCUCUCUCGCUAUCUCUUGUCUUUCAAUUGGUCUACUGAACAGCUAUGCACCUCAUUUUUUCUCCCAUAUAAGUGUAAAUAUCUCUCGAUU